AGGAGGAAAAAGAUGGAAAAGAAGAAGAAGAGCAAUAUCGUUGCCGCAACAAUAUUGUUGGAUCAUCCCUGCGGUUGGAAAGUAGGUCCCCCGCCCUCCUCCCUCCCCUCAAUGUGAAGGUGGAAACAUGAUGAAAAAAUGAAACUAUUAAUAAGGGAGCACUAUUCUUUAUAUUUGUGGUUGUUUUGUUUUGAAGGUAUUUCAAUUGGGUUUCUAAAUAGGGGACGCCCCUCCUCUGCGGAAAAAUCAGAGUGCCCCUAUUCGUUUAUUGGGGUCCACGCCCCCAACGCAUCUUCGACCUGGAUUAUACCUACCAGCAACAAAAUAGCGCCCAGUAUUAAGUUUAUCUCUUAAUCAUACACUUCCAAAGACCUAACCUUCCCAUUUUAUCUAAAGCUUCUGUUGGUAGACCGACUCAUGUUUUUGCUGUAGACGCAGAUUUUGCCACUUUGUGUUUCGAGAUUCGAAAAGAAGAUUAAUAUCUCCGUUAUGAAGUUUUUCUAUGGCUACCUGAUCCUGCUAGGCGUGGCGUCGCUGACAUGCACCACCGCCCAGGAUAGUAUGAAUUCUACAUCUUAUUCUUAUGAUUCCUAUUCUGAAUCAGAAUGUGAUCACGCUAUCCUAAGAGCAGCAAACCUCCUCUCAUCCUGGACCUAUCCCUGUAACGGAAUUCUUCCACACUAUGAUAAGGCUAACCAAGUAACUCUGGGAAUGUCACUGACGAAGCUUCGAGGACUGGAUUUAUUCAAAGGAACAAUUCAGAUGAACGUAUGGAUGAAUUUAGGUUGGAGUGACCCGAGGUUGGCAUGGAUAGCAGCCGAAUGCGGAAAUGCGAACAUCACAAAACUUCACCUGCCUCCCUCAGAAAUCUGGGUGCCUGAUAUAACACUCUUCAACAGUAACUCACCGAGUGAAAGCCUGAUGAGUGGAGUUUCCGCUAUUGCGUACGCUGAUGGUAGUGUCCUCUAUAUCCCACCCAUGCAUCUUGAAGCAACAUGUACGAUGGAUCUGACAGACUAUCCCUACGAUCAACACAACUGCAGCCUGAAAUGGGGAUCAUGGGCAUAUGACGCAUCUUUGAUAACCAUAGACUCGUUAUCAGACUCCAUUGAUUUGUCAGAGACAUUCGAUCAUCCGAUUUGGGAUAUCAUCAACACAAAGGCUACAAAGCACACUGACUUCUACAGCUGCUGUCCGGGGGAAACCUUCGAGGAUGUUACAUUCUCGUUGGUUGUCCGUCGAAGAGAGACCCACGGCCGUAUCGCCUCCUCCGUGGUCACGGCAUGGCUUAUCCUCAUCGUCUUCCUGAUCAGUCCGUCGUCGGCCGGAGUACGGAUCGUCUUCGCGGGUUCCGUCCUCAUCGCCUUGGUGGUACUGUCGGCAGCGCUCAGUGCAGAGGUCCCCGCCUACUCGACGACCAAACUUGGUCGGUUCCUCAUCGUUGGGAUGCUCAUCCUCGCUCUUGUCAGCGUCGUCAAUGGCCUCAUCUAUCGCUUUUACCCCAAGGAGAAGCCAGGACAGCUCAUUGAAGGAGACGGUUCAUCUCCACCACGGGUUCUGCUCAUCAUCGACAUCGGGGCUUUCCUGAGUACUGCCAUCAUCCUGGGGAUAUCAACAGGCGCCCUCUUUGUCUAAACUUCAGCGUUGGCUAGCUGUACCAUGUGUACAGUGGAACCCUGUGGCAUAUCGUGGGUGCAGCGAUUGAGCGGGCACUGACAUCAUUUUAUUUUUCGGGGGAGAGGGGAGGGGAGGCAUGUAAAUUUGAGAGGGCCAUAAUGUGAGAGGAGUUUCUCUCUCACUUCUCUUUUCAUUCUUGCUCAUUUGAUUGGGACUGGGGGGGGGGGCAUGAGUCCCUACGGCCCUGUCGCUACGUUGUUGUAUACCUCGUGGUAUCUCGUUAUAAGCAGAUUGUAUUUGUUUUUCUAAUAUCAUCUUUUAAAUUAUAAUCAUUCUCCUUCUCCUCUUUGUCUUCAUAUAUUGCGGUGGGUGUUCCUCAGUUGUUGUACAGUAUUAGUAUCUGGAGAUUAUUAUUUAAGAAGAAGUCAUACAUAAAGACAUAUGAUUGUCAUUACCUGAGAAGGCUAAACUACCCCUUUUAUGGUGGUUGGUCCUUCGUACAUUGUUAGAAUCUUUAACAUUGCAUUUUGUUUCUUUUAAUAUCAUAAACAUCAUAAUUAUUUCAGUACACAUGUCAAAUAAAUAAUAAAACCUUUACACAUUGUCCGAAGUGAACUUUCUCCAAACCAGAUGAGAAAUUUGUUGGAAAUAUUAUAUUACAUUUUGUCAAUGGGGAUGAUAGAUCAAAGUUUUACCAAUUUCAUUGUUUUCUGAAGGAAUUCCAUUUUCUAUGUAAUGUGCAAUUUGUAUAUAGAACUCCAUGCUUGUCGUCCAUAAUUCAUGUUUAAGUUUUCUUUUAUUCAUUAAUCAACUUUACAGUUUGAGGCAUGAUUCAUG